GGCAACCUCAAGAGAGAUGGAUCUCACAUAUUAUAUAAGAAUUAAGCGGUGAAAACAAAUUUGUCACUUAAGUUAAGUCUGUCGAGUGAGUACAUUAAAAGAACCAUGAAGUACUUCGUGUGCAUUUUGGCUUUGGCAGCUGUAGCUGCAGCUUUUCCACAAAAAGAAGGUGGCGCGUACACUAACGAAGCCAUCAAGCAGGCCCAGAACACCUUCUUGAUCCCUAAGGACGCCCAAAUUCAAAAAGUACAAGAAGGUAUCGAAAUUGGAGCCUACGAAAGCAUCCCCGGCAACCAAAAAAUCAACCUCUUCGAAAUUUUGGGAGACCAAUUCCCCCCAGAGGUCGUAAACAACCUCCAAACGCAAAUUGACCAAGUUGGUCGCCAAUAAUAAUAAAUUUAAAAUCACCGCUAUCAUUUCUUUCACAUCUUUUUUUCCAUUUUAUUUACACGUCAUCUAGUCUAUGAGCACCACUUUUUGCAUGUCUGUCUAGUCUGUUUUUUACUCUUGUUCUUAUUUUCUUAGAUGCUGUAAUUCUUCCUCAUACGUGCCAAUCUUCCUCUACCUAUUAGUGACUAUUUUUUUUUUAAAUUUUUUUGUACAUAUUAUUAAAAAUUUUAUUUGUGUA